AAAUAAACGUAACGAUCGAAAUCGAAAUCAGAGGGGGGAGCGAUGGAAGAAGAUGAUCAUGGAGAAUCGGUAACGUGUAUAUUCAUAUUCUUCAUCGCAACGGCCUUCCAGUUUGGUGACAAGUUCUUAGCACUCAAGAAGAGGCAAGCAUCCAUGAGUGAGAAGGAUCUGCAGUUGCGUGCUGAGAUCAAGAGACUGUUGAAAGAGGCAGCUGCUUUAUCACAGCCUUCAACGUUUGCUCAAGCUGCAAAACUAAGGAGAGCGGCAGCAGCUAAGGAGAAGGAACUUGCAAAAACUCAAGAGACACUGACCAUGGAGAUGAAAACGUCAUUUGGGUUAUACGAAAGAAUCCUUAUGAUUUCAAAGAUCGUUGUUUUUACUGUACUUACCCUGUGGCUUUGGCGUGUUCCUGUGGCUGCUAUAUCUAAAGAACUUGUGCAGCCGUUUGGUUGGUUUUUAUCAUGGACUGCUACAUCUUCUGUCAAUGACAAUGUGAUGAUUGGCAUCGUACCUUGGUUGAUAUUAUCCAACAAGGUUGGCAGAUACUUUGUUAAGAAAGUCUUCAAGUUUGCUUAACUAAACAAAUUAUUCAUCAAAUUUGUUUAUUUAUUAUUAUUUUUUUUCAUUAUAUCUCAUUUAUAUGCCACUGAACUAAGUUAAAACUCAAUAUUCAAGAGCACAUGCUUUAAAUGGUUCACUGUAAAUAGGAGGGAAAUGAGCUUAAAUAAACACGACUAAGCUUUACACC